AAGAGAGAAUUUUCAAAGUCUCUGCAAUCGUGGCGGCGAAGCUAUAUAAGAGAAAGAGAGGAGGAGAAGAGAAAAAGCAAUGGAGCAAGACAUGAUCGAGAACAACACAAGAGUUAACACGCCUUUGUCGGUUAUCACGGAGGCUUUUGAGGAUCUCGCAGAUUUUCUAAAACCGCGGCGGAAUAAACGGUGCGACGAAAACGACGACGAAUCGAUUGAUGGAUUAAGGCUCGAUGCGUUUUGCAGUGCGUGUACUCACGUCUCUGUUCUCUUCGGUUGCCUCGGAUUUGCCUUCAAAUUCGCCGAAAUGGAAUACGUCUCCAAGGUUAGGGAUUUGGUGGAGGCAUCAAAAACUUUUGAGACGUUACAGAACAUUUUGGAUCUUGAUGUAGAGAAUGAAACGGUUAAAACGCCUGGAAGCAAUUCGCGAAAUCUCCGACGUGUUAGACUAGGCUUAGAGCUAAUCCGAGCCAUCUUCGAACAGUUUUUAUUGACGGACGAGUAUUAUUCUUUGAAAGACGCUGCAACGAAAGCUUACACACAAGUAUGUGCACCGUUUCAUACAUGGGCGGUUAGAACCGCUGUUUACGCCGGAAUGUAUACGCUUCCGACAAGGGAACAACUUCUGUUACGUCUUAACGAAACAGAUCAAUCUGUGGAGAAGAACAUGAGGAGGUACAUGGAAGUGUCUCGACCGAUCAUAGAUUAUAUUGACAAGCUUUACAUUGAUAGGAACAUUAAAUUGAAUUGGUAGCAAUUUUUCUAAACAAAUAAAAGGUUAGUUUAAAUUUGGAGCUUUGUCUUGAGGCCCAAUGAUUGUUCCCUGGAUGAGAUUUCUUUCUUGAAACAGAUUUUGGGUGGAAUAACAUUACUGAAUGACAUAUGUUUUGGUACAAAAAAAUAUAUUAUACUGUUUAUUGUUAUGAUCUACGUAUGAAUGAGUAAAUUUGUGCU